AUGACGGUAUAUAAAUACAUGUGGCAUAGGAGCAAGGAGUCGGUGGCACAGGAACCAGCAGAGACUGGCACCAUGUUCCAGCAGCGGCUUCUAGCGUGUGUUUGCCUUCUGGGUCUCAUCAGCGGAGCCAUAUCUAAACCUCGGUAUGCACUGUCAGUUCCUGCUGUGCUGAAAAGUGGAGAGAACUCGACGGCGUGCAUCAACAUUUUAGAUAACGACAGCCCUUUGCAACUGAAUGUUAAUCUUGAAUUCUAUGGAGCGAACUACUCCAUCUUCAGUGAGACGGUCCAGGAGAAAACAAUCUUUAAAUGCAAAGAAUUUACGGUUCCAGCAGUGAGCAUGACAGUCCCAGUAUUCAUUACCAUGGUGGCUACUGGCCCAAGAGACACUAUUAUGGAACGUAGGUCUGCGGUGAUUGGUAAAAUGGAAAACAUCAACUUUGUGCAGCUGGAUAAAUCUAUUUACAAGGCUGGGCAAAAGGUGCAAUGUCGUUUGAUUUCGUUAAAUCCCCUGCUGCGUCCUGUGCAAGAGACGUACACUGCCAUCUAUAUAUUGGAUCCCUUAGGGAGUCGAAUUUUCCAGUGGCUGAAUAAGACUUCGAGGCAAGGACUGGUGGCCCUGGAAUACCUUCUGCUGAGUGAUGCCACCCUGGGAACAUACAACAUAGUGGCUGAAAGAAUAUCUGGCCCUGCAGUUUCCCAGCCAUUUGAAGUGGCUGAAUAUGCGCUGCCCAGAUACAGUGUGACCGUGGCUGCUCCCAACACUAUAUCCAUACAGGAUCAGAACAUAACAUUUCAGGUCAAUGCCAAAUACACCUAUGGUCAGGGAGUGCCAGGGAAGCUGUCUGGCAGACUUUGCAGGAAAUAUAAUUAUUAUUAUCCUGGAAUGAGCUGCAACAGAAAACCUGAAGGCCUCUGUCAGAACAUUGCUGGAGAUGUGGACCCCAGCGGCACGUUUAACUACACUGCUGACCUGGCCCUGUUCCAGUUGGAGCGGGGUGGACUUGACAUGGUUCUGAGCUACCAGAUAACACUGACAGAGAAUGGCACAGGAGUCCAAGUGACAGAAUCUGGCUCCGUGUCCAUAAGCAACCUAAUAGCCCGGGUUUCCUUUGAUUACCAAGCCAUACAGCCGUAUUACAAGCCGGGGAUUCCUUACCGUGUUGCUAUGACUUUGGUGAAUGCUGCCGGAAAUCCCCUUAGCAACGAGACCAUAGAGCUCCGGGUCAGUGGAAACAAUGUGCAGAAUCUGACCACAGACAGAAAUGGCAAAGUACGGUAUGAGCUGGAUGUGUCCGGCUAUGAACAACCUCAGCUGGACCUACAGGCCAUUUAUAAGAAUGCGGAGACAUGUUACGAUCCCAACUGGGUGAUGCCUAUUUACUCUAAUGACGUUUACACGGUCACACGGUUCUUCUCUCGCACCGGGAGCUACGUGGAGAUAAGUGCUCCCCAGCAGGAACUGAGCUGUGGGAAUAGUUACACCAUCAAAGCCCAUUACUCCCUCAGCCCCAAAGCUCUAGGGAAUGUGACCAAUGUCUCUUUCUACUACCUGGUGAUGUCAAAAACCAAGAUUGUGAAAUCUGGAGAACAUUUGGUGGCCUUGAAUAGCAGACCUCAGCGUGGCACCUUCAGCUUAAACCUCACGGUAUCUCAGGAGUUGGCUCCUGGUUUUGAUGUCAUUGUAUACAGCAUGUUGCAGUCGGAGGUCAUAGCUCACAAAAUCCAUCUGAACACAGAGAAGUGCUUCGAACACCAGGUUUCCCUGAGCUUCUCAGCCUCUCAAGGGACUCCAGGAUCCAAUGUUAACUUAACGCUAAGAGCAGAUCCCAGAUCCCUGUGUGGGCUCCUAGCCAUUGAUUCCAGCCUUAUCCUUCUUGGGCCGGGCACGCAGCUGACAGCUGAGAGGGUGUACAAUGCUCUGCAAUACCUCAGCCUAAAUGGAUAUUCCGUUGGAGAAUAUAAUGUAGAGCCAGCAGCGCCUCCAUGUAUUGAUUCCGAAAAUCGAGUUUUAGAUGAUGGUUUAGUCUACCAACCUGUUCAGUUCCCAGGCCAAGGAAACACAUACAAUGAAUUUAAGAGCGCUGGCUUGCACUUUGCUACAAAUUCAUCCAUAUACAAACCAGAGCUGUGUGGCUUCUAUGGUUAUACACUAGGAUUUUUUCAUUCAAACAUGGCAACACCUUUAUCUGCGACUCUGCCUGUGUCUGUGUCUGUGCCUGGCGAGCCUAUCUCAACUGUGAGAAAGUCAUUCCCUGAAGUCUGGAAUUUUGAUAUAGUGGCUGUUGGUGACACAGGUUCAGCUUCCCCAGCACUGAAAGCCCCAGAUACCAUCACCCAAUGGCAAGCCUCCAUGUUCUGCCUGUCAGAAGGGAAAGGAUUGGGGGUGACCAAGUAUCCGUCCAACUUCACCUCCUCCCUCCCGUUCUUUGUGGAGGUCUCUGUACCCUUCUCCUUCACUCGAGGGGAGAUGUUGCUCCUGAGAGCCUUUGUGUCCAACUAUCUGAAUCAGUGCAUCAAGGUACGUGUGACCCUGCAACCAUCCAAGGACUACACAGCCGUUCUGCAGGAAGGGACACAGGACAUGUGUGUGUGCCCCAAAGGCAGGGCCUCCUACUCCUGGAACGUGACUGCUAAUUCGCUGGGAGUGAUAAGUUUUAAUGUGACAGCUCAGACGACUUUUAUUGGAGCCACGUGCGGAGGGCCUCCCAACACCACCCAACCACCUCGCAGUGAUACUGUAAUAAAGACCGUCAUUGUGGAGGCCGAGGGUAUAGAGAAGGAGGUGACAUACAGUAACCUGGUGUGUGUGGAAGGCAACAACGCACAAAUUCCAUUCAGCAUCACCCCACCCGCAAACAUGGUGAAAGGAUCCGCCAAGGCUUCUGUCACUGUGAUUGGGGACCCACUGGGCCACGCUGUUAACAAUCCGGACUCUCUGAUCCAGAUGCCCACGGGCUGUGGGGAACAGAAUCUAGUUAAGUUGCUGCCAAUACCGGCGGUGCUGGCUUAUCUGAAUUGCAGCGGGCAGCUGACCAAGGAGAUCCAAGACAAAGCAGUGCAGUACAUGGCAACUGGGUAUGUAAGGCAGCUUGGUUUCAAACGCUACGAUGGAACUUUCAGUGCUUUUGGACAAAGAGAUCCUGAGGGAAGUUCAUGGUUGACAGCUUUAUCUUUAUACACAUUUCAGAAAAUAAAGCAAUAUACAUUAGUAGAUCCAACAGUCAUAAAUCAGGGGCUGGUUGCCCUUGAGAAAAGCCAGGACCUUCAAUCAGGAUGUUUUAAAGUCUCGGGGACUCUGUUUAACAGUGAACUCAAGGGUGGCGCUGAAAAUGAAAUCAGCUUUACGGCCUAUGUGGUUGCAAUUCUGAUGGAGACGAACUACCCAGGAGCGCAAACCCUUCUGCGUAAUGGCCUGGGCUGCCUGGACGCAGCAUCCAGGAGAGAGCAAACGCUGUAUAACCUGGCUUUGCUCUUCUACGCAUUCAGUUUAUCUGGGAAUGAAGAGAGGAGGAAUGCUACAUUGGCUAAACUGAAGAAAUUGGCAAUUCACGAAAAUGGUGGCAUCCACUGGGAGCAAACUGACAAGCCAAUCGCAGAGAAGUACCCAUUUUUCUAUGCCCCCCCUCCUUCAGCUGAUAUAGAGAUUACAGGUUAUGUCCUGUUGGGGUUCACUAAGGGACCCGCCCCAUCGCAAGAGGAAAAGUCCUAUAUGACCCAGAUUGCAGUGUGGUUGGUUCGGCAGCAGAAUUCUCAAGGAGGCUUUCGAUCAACUGCAGACACCGUAGUGGCCCUGCAGGCUCUCGCUGAAUACAGCUGCCUAGUAUACAAGAAAGGGGCCACCAAUCGUGUCACAGUUUCUCUGGCAAGACAAGUGAUUGCCACUUUUAAUGUGCAGCCAAGCAACAGGCUUCUGGUACAGAGACGCAUGCUGCCGAGCCAACAAGGAAACUACUCAUUUGGUGUUAGUGGGAAUGGCUGCUGCCUGAUACAGAGCACAGUGAAAUACAAUGUCCCAGUGGUGAGAAAGAAUUCAACAUUCUCCCUGUCUGUAAAUACAUCAUCUGGGUCCUGUAUCAAUGGUGCGGCUUUCAUCAUCCCCAUCAACCUCACAUUAAGUUACAAUGGAAGAAAGAACCAGUCCAACAUGGCGGUUGUAGACAUGAAGUUGUUGUCAGGAUACUCGGUGCAAUACCAGUCACUUCUCCAGUUAAGACAACAAGUCCCCAAAGUGGAACAGAUCAAUAACCACCUGAUUAUUUACCUGAGUUCUGUACAACGAGAACCCAUUUCUUUGCCAGUGAGUCUUGAGAUGGGCAACAGAGUGCAGAAUUUCCAGCCGCAGUCUAUAUAUGUCUAUGACUACUAUGACCAAGAUGAGAAUGCAGUUGUAGAAGUCAGACAUCCAUGCUCUCACUAGUCACCCUGCAGAAGUGGCUAGCGAAUGCCUGGUCCGUCAAUCAUCAAUGAAAGAAACAUUGGUUUUUCUGCAGUUUACUUGCCGUGACACCACUACAGCACCUAGAACAUUGCUCAUCUACUCACCUUUUCAGCUUAAAAAAGAUUUUAUAACGAAUAAGUAACUGAUAAUUUCCUCUCUGUUUUUUGUCUGAAAUAAAUAUGGCCAACUAACUAAACACUGGGGUUUUGGGGGGAAUGGAGAUCUAAAGAAUGGAUAUUGCUCUAGUAAUGGGUGGGUCAAAAGAAAUAAAAAAAAUACUUUAUCUAACCUUA